GUGUGCGUGUGUGUGUGUGUCUAUCUCUCACACACAUAGUUGUGAUCUGAGGAAAACACUUCAGCCCUUCCUCGCACAGACAUAUGGAUGUUACUCUUGCAGUUAACGAGAAAUUGAAGGUUAUCGGAAAAGGCUUUCAAGAUGUAGACAACACGGAGGAAGUUAUUUGUCAAUUCAGAUUUGGUAACAAGAAAUCCCGGGUCUGCAAUGGUUCAAUAAACAGAGCAGAUAACUGGAAUGUCCCUCAUUCACAAAGGACACUGGCCUGCUUUCACAGCCUUCUUCUAGAUCCUUCUAUCCCUUGGGUGAGCCCAGUGUCCCCACAAAUAAACUUAGAGCCCUCCUGUCUCCACCUCCCCACACUCAGUGAUGUCUGUGUGUAGGCCCCUCAGCUGCCCUCUGUCAGUUUACCAAAGGGCCGGGUUUCCUUGAAACUGUAAAGACUCCCUGGGAGGGUUUGGGAUAAGGGACAAAUGGAGGCCUCAUCUUACUACCCCUUCAAACUCCUGCCUGGGGUUGCCCACAGGGAGAACACUGGGCAGAGCUGCAGUUCACAAGGUCACCAGGGCAACCUAUUGUCCAUCAUAAUGGACCUAUGUCAGCAGAAUGGGGUGAAGGUGCAUAAGUAGCAGGGCCAUCACCCCACAGCCAACCACUUGCUACUUGGACCCACAGGGCAGGUAUCAGGUGGCUGCUUGCAGGUGCAAGGUAUACUGAUUGAAGUGUGAGUAGAGCUGAGGUUGGGAGCGCCGAGGACCCUGAGCACGCGAGGAAGCAGAGGAGGUGUUAGCUUGAGGAGGCCUGCAGUUUACGGGACCCGCCUGGGCCCCCGGGGACUGGGCCGAGGCAAGAACAGCGGCCCCAGGAUGCUGGGCCCCAUGCUCGUCGUCUUCCUGCUGCUGCUGCCGCCGUCUCCGCUCCGGACCACCAGGAGCACCCUCCACCGCUACCCCACCCAGGACCAAGGUCACCACCCCAGCUCCAGGCUCCAGGAGAGCCCAGCAGAUGGGGAAUCCUGCUGGAGCACUUACGACGUGUACUUCGUCCUAGACUCAUCACAAGGUGUACACAACUGGAUGUUCACACAGAGCUUUGUGAGGAAUUUGGUGAACGGAUUUAAAAACCCUGAACAGCGCAUGUCAUUCAUUACGUACUCGACGGACGGCCACGUCAAUAUGCAGCUGACCUCAGACAGAAAUAAAAUAAACACUGCCCUUGUCGAUCUGUUCCAUGUAAUACCUUCAGGAACCAUAAAUAUGCAGCAUGGAUUGAAAAAGGCGAAUGAGCAGAUCGAAAGGACACGCGCUGCAGGAGAGAGGGUCCCCAGCCUCAUCAUCGCGCUGACAGGUGGACCACUGCUGCCAGAAUCCUUUGCGGAGACAAAAGUUGAAGCUGAAAAAUCCAGGCAGUUGGGGGCAACUCUGUAUUUAGUAGGUGUACAAGAUUACCAGAAAUACCAGCUUCUGGAAAUUGCUCGCACAGUGGGUCAUGCGCUUGCAGUGGACACUGGAUACAGCGGACUGGAAGACAUCAUCGACCCCCUCAUAGUCAGGUCUUGUGUAGAGAUCACGUCUGUGGAUUUCUCCUCUCUCUGCACUAGAGGGAAAGAGAUCGUCAAGGUUAUUGGAAAAGGUUUUCAGGGCGUCCGCAAGGAUGACGUUGUCUGUCAGUUUCGCACUGGGAAGGAAACCAUCCGAAUGAAGGCUGUAUCGGUGGAAGAUACCUCCAUUACCUGCCCAGGACUGAAGAUGAGUAAUCUGGACUGGGCCGUCUUCAUCGAUGUCAGCCUGGAUAAUGGCCUCACCUUCAUCGAGACGGAUUUAGAUGUCAGCAGGAGGAGCUGCGUGACGCCCAGGGUGAGACUGCUGCCGCCCCCUGGGACUGCACUCAGUCCAUUCCCUGGACAGGGAGACACACUGGGGAGCGAAAGGCAGGAACAGUGUCCGGGGCAGGCCCAGCACGUCGCUUGGGCAGCUGGGCACCUGGGCAGCCCCUCACAGCCCCUGCAGCCCCUGAGCCCUUCCCUGGGGAGCGGUGCCCCCGCUCAGGCCUCAGAAGUGCCCUGGGGGCACCCCUGUGAAAGUGUCUGCGGCCGUGCAGCUCCUCUGCCCUGUUGCAAGCCCAGGGUCCCUGAAGGCACAUGGCCCCCAGCACUUGGAGCUCCAAGCGGACUCCGGGACAGUGCUGAGAGUGGCGCCCUGACCUCCACCUUGCCGCCUCCCUGGCCUGGGUCUCCUGGUGGGCAGUUCAGAGCUCCCUCUGGGUCUGGCUCAGGUGGGGGGUGGAGGCCGGAGGCUGUGUGCAGGGAGCCAGAGUCCAGGCCCUCAAAACUGGGGUCCCAGACCCAGGAGCCCUGGAGGCUGGGACCCCCUGUGGCCCUGCAUAGUCGAGGUGAAUUUCCACGGUACUGGUGCUCCGGCCCCGCUGCGGGUACCGCCCCUGCCCCCACGCCUGGCUUCCGACAGCACUGACACUCCUGGGCUUGUCUGUUUAUACUUAUCCCUGGAUGUCUGCUCACGGCAGCAGACGGAACUGACCCACUUGCCCAUCGGGGUCCCACCCGGCGACAAGCGCCCUUCAACAGGCACAUUGGGAAAAGAACUCAGGAGCCAACCGGUGCCUACUCCCAGCACAGUGGCUUCCCCCCCAGCCCUGGCCUGGCCUCCCCUCUCCUCGUCCCCGCCUCCUGGGCACGGAGUCCCUCUCGCCCUGUCCCUCUCCCACCUCCCUGAAGCAUCUCACUUGGUUGAGCGGUUGAGGCCUUGCAGCCCCUGGCUGCACAGAUGCAGUGGGCUUCUCUGUGACUAUGAGUAAGAACAGGACAGGUGCCCUCAUUCCUCACGGGCCUGCCCUGUACCAGGACGGGCUAGGAACCCUAAACCUCACAGGUGUCCCCUCACUCGCUCCUACGGAUGUGGAAGUGCAGCUCAGAGGGGCUGAGCAGCUCUGGGAAGGGGGCAGGGAGGGCGAGCCUCUGGGGAGAUAGACCCAGGGUGCUGCCCUGAUGCUGCAGUCCCCCUUCAUCCUGGCCCCAGCAGCCCCUCCUGCCCCCCCUGUGUGCCUUCACUGGUGGGCUCCUCCCCAGGCCCCUGUGCUGUCAGCCCGGGCAUGCAGUGGGUGCUGCCUGUGGCCCAGCACGGAGGAUGCCGCACUCCCUGAUGGGGCUCUGGGGCAGAGGCUCUGAGCAGGGUCUGUGGCCCAGGGCGCUUCAGGGGCCGUCAGGGUCCAGCCCCAGGCUCCUAGUCCCUCUGUGCCCUCUCAGAGUGGGGCAAUCUGAGUGUAAGGGGGAAAGGUGGAUUCGGACGUGUGGGGUGGGAUGCCAAGUGAUGGGCACCACGGGAAGCUGCCCAGGUGCACGAGGACUUAACACGUGUGCUUUCCUCAGGAGGGAACCCCACCUACCCUACUGGACACCACACCACCGCCU